AAUGACAUUCUAAUCAAGCAAUCAUAAUAACGUGUGACGUUUGAUAAUUUUGACAUUUCGUUGCAAAAAAACAGCUACUCACUUUGGAUUGCAGGUUUUUGGCAAUGAAUAAAUUAAUGAGACGACCGUGGCAACAAUAGCAACGACACCAGCAACAAAAAAGAGAAAUGAGCAUUGGCGAAUCAAUUUCCAAUUCCAGUAUACGAAUGAUGGUACGUCUUUGCUGUCGGGUGCUGAUAGACAUUUGGAUUGAAUACGGUCGUUGUGCCAGCCACUACUUGUCCUUCAAUGCAACCGGAGCUGCCCGAGCAUGAGCUGGUUUCCUCUUCGGCUGCCCUUGGAUCAUCAUUGACAAAAUCGUCUCCUUGUUGCGAGCAGUUUUCGUUGAGAAUAUUCGGAGUGAGUGGAUCGUUGAAAUUCAUUGGCGGUGGAGGAGAUGGUGUGUUCGGUAGCAGGAGACAGGUUGAUGCAUCUUCUUCGGGUAAAAACGUCGAACACGAUGGUGAUGUAUUCAACGAUGGUGACAAAUUCACACCCAAAAGUGGUGUUUUAUUCCCUGAUUAAGGAAAUCACAUCGCCAGACACACAUUAAAAACGGUUUGGCUGCAUUGAGUUCUAUUUAUAAACUGUCGCCAAUCGUACGGUCAGCAUUGGACGACACCAACUCUCACAUUUGUCUCUCUCUCUCUCUUACUCUCACUUUAAUAUGUUUGUGUGUGUCUCUUUUCAACGUUUCGUUUCGAUUGAACGUAAAUUCCAAUUAAUUGAUUUUGAUUAUAUUCGCUUGCACAUAUGGUUUGAAUUCACACACUGGUCGAUAUAUUUCAAAGCUGAUAAUAUCAAUUGUUGCGUCUCCACAAGCACAUCACAUUCGCCCAACUACGAGUGAAUGACGUCGUAUAAUAUUGACUGUGAAUUGAAUCGAAUCAUCAAUUGGAUGUCGCGGCACAACAGAAACCCCUUCGGUUUUAAUUGAAUCGUUUGCCAAAUGAUUAGCGAUGUUUAUUAAACAAACUUAUCGUGAACAGCAACACCAAAAACAAACUAAAAAUUAACUUUUUGUAUGGAAUCUUUUUUCCUUCCACUAUAUAUAUACAUUCAAUUUGUAUGAGAGAUUCGAGGGAAUUUGACAUGUACGAAAUAGCUGCGACGUGUCUACGUGAAGGUUUGAAGAGGACUUUUCAACGUCGCAUAUCAUACAUUGGGGGACCAUAUACAUGAGAGAAAACGAUAAAAUGUGGUUCAAGCUUAUGUCAAACUACACUGUAAUUUGCGUAUGUUGAGAGAAAAAAAUGGCACAUGCGCACCACACUCCUCUAAUUUGGUUUGACAUUCCUCAUACACCAAGCUGGCAUAGCGGACAAUGUGUGUGGAAAAUACACGAAGUCAAAACAACACCGAACGUACAGUGACCGUUUACAACAUGCAUUCGCUAAUGUUUACAGUCAUGAUGUGUGUAUCUCGGUUUCUCCUCUCUUCGUGAACGGAAUGGACUUUUCGCCCGACCCAUUCACAAUAGCUCGAUUGAUAAGACUGUUGAUGCUAUUGCUACUACUUUUUGUAACCCGAAUGAAAAUUCGUGAUUACAACGGAUUUUCGAUGAAAUCAUUCUUGUUGUGCGCUUGUUUUGAUUGUUGUUUUUUUCGCGCGUAAAUUAUCUCAUGUAUGAUUUUGUUUAUACAACAAAAGGGGCACAAACAAUUUACAUUUCACCAACGGUGUAAAUUUUAUUGUAUGCACGACGUACGCAAAAGUUGGAUAUAGAACAAAAAACCGACCAGUAUUUAUUGAAUUUGUUUAUUUCAUUCAUAUUGAUUCAUUUAUAUUGAUUCAAUCGGGUCUUUCACCCGGUCCAAUUUGAUUAUCGUCACGUUUUUCGAUUUUUUAUUGUGUUCCACUUUCAGGACACUCUAUUCCCAGCACCAUUUUUUUUUCUUCGUCGCCUUUGGAAUAAUCUAGAAUCAAGUAGCCUAUCCACCAAUUUUUUUUUUGUUGGGUUAUCAGUGUCCGCUGAUGAUGUAUCACGUUUUUUGUUUUUUUCUUCUAUUUGUUCAUCAAACGAAAUUUGACUUUUGUUUACAUUCAAUCUGAAAACUUUCCAAGUCUCUUGAAUUCCGACUUCGAACACAAUUUACCAUUGAGUUUCGUAUGCUAAAUCACAAUAUUGUGGUGCGUAUUUUAAUACGCGUGUAAAUAAAUGAUUUACAAGCUAAUAUGUAUGUUGAAAACGUGUGUGAUCGUAGAUUGACGUUGCCCAAACUAAUCUACCGACUGUUUGAACAAAACCAAAUAGAUUGUGGACCAAAAAAGUUUUUUCUUCUGCUUCGAACAAAAUUAUUUCAUAAAUAUUUUGAAUGAAUUGACGUCGACAAUAAUUCUUGAUGAGAGAAUGUUUUUGUCACUGCUUUUCGAAACGGAUCCCAACGCUUGUUUUCAAAUCGACGGAAAAAGUUUAAAUUUUUCCUAAAAAAAUUUAUUGAUUGUAAAAUUCUGCUAGUCACUCGUUUCCAAGUGCUUGCAAUCGCUCUGAAACUAUUUCCAAUGAAAAUUCUAUUAUUCCAAUGGAAAUUAAAAUCCAUGCCAUAAAGAUAGAUUCAUACAAGAUUACCAGCAAUCGAAAUAGUUUUUGGGAGAAGAAAGUGGAGUGCAGUUUGAAUGAAUUUAUUCUCAAUUCCUUUUUGCGACACCGUAAUGCGAUAAAGAGUGUGUAUUGCAAAGGGAAAAAAGCGUUGGAACUGUCGUUACGUUGAUUUGGUUCGGUUCGGUUUAUGGGCCGAUUCAUAUUUAUCUGUGUGACCCGUCUUUGCUGAUAACCUCUCUAUCUCAAUGUAAUUAUCUAGCGCACGAAGAUUCAAUUCGACAAUUCACACUUUCGAGCUCAUUUUCAAGUAUAGACUCGCACAAGUCAGUUCAAUUUUUGGAAACAGAUUCGUUUUCAAGCGGAUUAACUACGAAUUAGUUUGUGCAUCAUUGAUUGAAAUCAUAAUAUUGGAUCAAUCAUCAGAGACGCUCUAUUUUUUCUUCUUCAAACUUAAUAUUAAAGUAGCGAUCUCUUUGUUUUGUGACGAAUUUUCCGCAUAUAUAUUUCUGCGCAUUUGAGUCAAAAAAUUAAUCACAUCUCGGAACGACAAGUGUUAAAUGCUCAUUUUUAGUUUAGCGCCAAAAAUACCAGUUGUAUUCGUGUAAGCGCUUUUUAUUUGAAGUAAAACCCCAUGGAAUAUGUUCUUUUAACCACGAACAUAAGUUUCCUUUUGGAUUACCGUCUGAGCUAUCGUGCUGGUAAAGUUAAAUCGAUUGGAGGAGCCGUGUGAUACAGAUUGAAUACAGUUUAUUUGAAGGCUGAUUCCAUAUUGCUUAAAUCCAAGAGUUUCAUUUGACGAGUGAUUGGAUUUUGUUAUACACGCGUGAUUGCAAGAGUGCCGAACUAAACCAAUUAAAGUGCAGUCUGAGCAGGACUGAGGAAAGGUGACCGAAAUUGUCAGAGAGACAAGGGAGGACCAAGAGAGGCACGGAGAGAGGAUUUAUAUUUUCGAGCCACAAGAAAACAAGUCAGUGAUCAAAGAUGUCUGCAGUGGAUUUUGUAGCCGGUUGCUUAGGAGGAUGCGCUGGAUUAAUUGUUGGUCAUCCAUUCGAUACGAUAAAAGUGCAUAUGCAAACGCAAGACCCGAAAAAUCCAAAAUAUCGUGGUGCAUUCCAUUGCCUUAAAUCACUAAUGGCCAAAGAGUCGUUUCGUGGUUUGUACCGAGGAAUGUCCAGCCCAAUGGUUGGUGUGAGUGCGAUAAAUGCUAUUGUUUUCGGUGUUUAUGGCAAUGUUCAACGAGUGUCAUCAAACCCAGAUUCGUAUAUGUCCCACUUUUUGGCUGGUUCCGUAGCCGGCUUUGCGCAGAGUAUCAUUUGUUCGCCGAUGGAGUUGGCGAAAACACAACUACAAUUGCAAACACACAAACUUGGUGCAGCUAAAUUCAACGGGCCGACGCAGUGCUUAUCAUAUGUUUAUCAGUGUGAGGGAGUUAGAGGUAUGUUUCGUGGCCUUGGCUGUACUGCUGCUCGUGAUGUGCCCGGUUUUGCGUCGUACUUUGUGUCUUACGAAUUUUUGAUGAGAUUAAAAAACGAACCCGGUAUCUUGUAUACAUUGUUUGCCGGUGGUACUGCUGGUGCCUUCUCAUGGAUGUUUACCAUUCCGAUCGAUGUUGUGAAAUCGAGACUGCAAGCUGAUGGAAUGAGCGGUGAACGAAAAAUGUACGACGGCAUGGUGGACUGCUUUCGAAAGAGUUACCAAACUGAAGGAAGUGCAUUUUUGACCCGAGGUUUGAGUUCAACAUUGCUUCGUGCUUUCCCAAUGAACGCCGUUUGUUUCCUUGUUGUAUCGGAAACACUCAAAUACUGGCAAAAUCACAACACCCAUUCCACUAAAACGACCGUAAAGCAAACAAAACAAAUAAAUGCGGCACACGAUCACUGGGAUUGGGAACAUAAAAGAAGAAUAAUGCAAGGAUUUUUACACUUUGGCGCCGCAUUUAGCGAUGCCAUUUGUACAUCUGAAAUCAUGGAAGUUGCCCACGAUUGGUACGACAACAAUAAAAUCUAUUUCAGUAACAAUCAAAUCAGCUUCAAUACAAAUUAUGAAAAAUACCUGGAAUCAUGAAUUCUUUAAGGUUUCAAUUUGGAAUUUGAAAAAAUCAUCAAGCCACUAUUUCCAAGAAACACGAUCGUGCACGAUUACAAUCUGGGUCGAUUGGAGUUUUUGCUUUUACUUUUGAACCAAUGAAUGUAAUUUAAAAAAAAAAUUAUAUUUUUUGAAAGGUGGAAUCUAUUAAGUGGUUUUGAAAAAUAUGGCAAAAAUGCUGAAAAACGUUCAAGAUCGUAGCACGAUUCGCGAAUGUAAUCGUGCACUAUCGUUUUUCUUGGAAAAGAUGCCUCCAGGAACUUAGGUUUUAAUUAUAUGAAUUUCGGAAUUUCCAUAGGAUCGAAUGCUUAAAUUAAGUAUUCUGACGAAUUUUCGUAAAUUUUGUGACCAUUUUGGGAAUCAACUAAUAUCGUCUGUCAUUUUGACAAUAAAAUAAACACAAUAAAAUUGUAAACAUUUACGCUUAUUAAAAAUUUUUAUAAAAUGAAUAAAACGAUUUUUUUUAUAAUGAAAA